AAAAGAGGAGGAGGAGGAGGAGGAGGAGGGCUGGCCCUGGAAGCGGCGUCUGCGCAACCUUCCACGGAAGCCAGGAUCCUGCGAGAGAGGCUUAGGGGGCCUGUCCGCAAGAGAGGAGCCUUUGGGAGGGGAAGGCCAGCUGCAGGAGCCCCUCGAUGGGCCGGGGGACGCCUUGGAUGGGGAGCCCACCCUCCCCGCCCAGCGCCUGACGCUGGCCAUGGAUUCGAGCCCCCCCACUCCGGACCCCGGGGGCCCACGGAGGGACUUUGCGGCCCCUGCCUCCGAACCGGGGCCACCCUCCUUCGAAUGGCUGCUCGGGCGGCUGGGAGCUGGGGGACGGCACCAGCGUCUCCUGCUGGCCCUGAGUUGCCUUCCCUGCCUUCUCCUGGGACUCGGGGACGGCUCUGACUCCCUCUUCACCCUGACGCCCCCCAGGCACUGCAAGGACCCCAAUGGCACCCGGCUGCCCGAAAACGUGACCUGCCAAGACACCCAUUGUCCGAACUGGGAGUACGGAGGGCUCCCAGCUCUCACCAGCAACCCAGUCACAGAGUGGUCUUUGGAUUGCUCACGCGCAUGGGUCGUCCCCUUGGAGCAGCUUUGUUUCCUCCUGGGCUUUGCGGCGGGGUCCCUUCUUUUAGGUCACCUGGCAGACAGCGUGGGGCGACGCAGCACUCUCCUGCUGGCGUUGGCACUCGGCUGCCCUGCGGGCAUCUUGGCGGCAUUUGCGGCCUCCCCCUCGGUGUUCAUGCUUGGCCGUUGCCUUUGGGGAGCGAUGCUGGGAGGCAUGCAGCUUGCCCUCUACCUUAGCCGCUUGGAGCUGUGCUGUCCUCCCCAGCGGCUACCUGUGGCCAUGGCAGGAGACCUUCUCAUGGUGGGAGGCCAUUUCCUACUUCUAGGACUGGCAUUGGCUUGUGGAAGUUGGCGGGUCCUUCAAGGCGUGAUGUCUUCUGGACUUGGGCUUUGCCUGCUGUAUGGAUGUCCUGGAUUUUAUCCCGAAUCUCCCCGUUGGCUUUUGGCCACUCGCCGCACAGCUCAGGCCAAGGAGAUUUUGAUCGAUCUGGCCCAAGGAGGGGGUGCCCAGGAAUCAGAAGCUCAAGAGGCAUUAACAGAACUGGACAACGCUUGCCACCUCCCUGCUGCGGCCCAGAUCUCCCUCCGCGCCCUCCUCUCCUGCAGAAACAUCUGGAAAAACAUCCUCAUCCUUGGUUUUACCACAUUCAUUGCCCAUGCCAUCUGCCACUGUUACCAGCUCGCUUGGGAUUCCCUGGAGGACCCACACACCAAGUUCUACCUCUCCUACCUGCUGUCGACCGGCAGUGCGGGCCUGGCCUGCCUCUUCCUGUGCCUGAGCGUGGACCGGUACGGGCGCCGAGGGAUCCUCCUGCUGACCACCACGCUGACUGGCAUCGCCUCCCUGAUCCUGCUGGGCCUGGGAGAGUACCUGAACAAUGCUGCACGGAGAACCUUCUCCAUCCUGGGCCUGUUCUCUUCCCAUGCUGCUGGCUCCCUCAGCAUCUUCUUCGCCUCUGAGGUCAUCCCCACUGUUAUCAGGGGCAAAGGCUUGGGUGCCAUUCUGGCUUUGGCUUCGCUGGGCGGUCUAAGUGCUCCAGUGCUCCGCUUGCGAGAGCAGCAUGGCUCUUUCCUCGAACACAUCGUGUUGGCCUCCCUCAACAUCCUGGCUCUUCUCUGCCUGAUGCUGCUUCCUGAGAGCAAACGCAAGGCUCUUCCGGAAGGCCUCCGGGAUGGAGAACUCUACCGACGGCCAUCCCUGCUCCGACGGACCGCGGGAAGCGAAGGACGAGACGCCGAAGGGGCGACCCGGAGGGAUGACGUGCCCCUCCUCUCCACACCAAACCCCACAAGCUGAUGCACCCCACCAUGCCUGCAUCGGGCCACCAUGCACUCCUGUGUAGCAACGGGAGGUUCCACAGUCUCGGCCGAGCUUAGGUUGAGGGCUGCCUCCUGAACAAGGAAAAAGGACAAAGCCUCAGCAAAUGUCUGUGUUGCUCCUGCUUCUCUAUUUUCUGCUUGUGGCGUAACGUGAGGAGACGCCCAACUUCUUCUGCUUUAAGGUCUCAAGGAGUCCAUGUCACCCCAGAAGCAGAAAACCAGAGCAGUGACAAUUACACAACAGACCCAAACUUCCCUUAAUUUGGACUAGAUCUGGAUUGGGACCAUACAUCUCAGGCCCGCUUUUACGAGGGGUGUUCAUUAAAUUUUUCCCCUGACCCACUUUCUGUGGACUGAGAGCAAUGCAACUUGGCACAGCAAUGAGUCCUUUUCUCCAUCGGUGCCACCUUGGGACACACACUUCUCCCAUCUUUUUAGGCAACUGUAAACAUCUCACUUGAAGAAGUCAACAGGUUGCGCCAAAAGCCACGUUGUGACUUCAGAAAUCAGAGUCUCAUCAUCAUUGCCCUUCAAAAAUAACUUCAUUGUUGGAAAGAGGUGGAAGUCCGAUGGUGCGAGGUUGGGUGAAUAAGGGGGAUGCGGUCGAAUUUCAAAGCCACAGGAGCAUGCUUCUUCCAUUUGGGCAACAGGUGAGUUGCAGAAGGCGGACACCUUUGGUGAGCAUGCCACGUUGCCUCUUGGUUUUGAUGGCCUCCAACAAUUUCUGCAGCAGUGAAGCAUAGUAUGCCCCAGUGAUCAUGGUACCCUUUGCUAGGAAAUCCAUCAAUAUUACUCCGUGCUGGUCCCAAAAUACUGUGAGCAUGACCUAGCCUGCCGAGAGUUGGGCACGUGCCUUCUUUGGAGGCGGUGAGUCAUGAUGCUUCCAUUGCAUUGACUGGACUUUAGUCUCAGGAUCAUAGCGAUGGACCCAGCUUUCAGUCUGUUGAAAAGGUUUCCAUGUCACAUCAUUGUCAAUAGAGCCUGAGAGCAUUUGACUUGUUCCUGCUUCUGGAAAGGUGUGAGCAGCCAGGGGACCCAACGAGCAGAUACCUUAUGCAUGUGAAGAUGGUCUUGGGUGAUUUUUGCCAUGGACCACACACUCAACUUACAUUUUGGGCUAGGUGGCAAAUAGUUACACGGCGAUUUUCCAAAACUGCAACUUCCACUUGCUGAAUGGUGCAUUCAGUAGCAGGGUGGGGUCACCCUGGAAUUGGAGCUGUUUGCACCGAAGUCCGACCACAUUGGAAUUGACGAUGCCAGUUCUUGACUACAACAUAUGACGGGGAAUCAUCACCAUCAACCUCUUUCAUCUCAUCGAACGUCUUCUUUGGUGUGCGGCCUUUCAAGUAAAGGAACUUGAGGACAGCUUUGUAUUCCACUGGGUCCAUUCUCAAACCUCACAUCACUUCCUCACCUGUAACAUCAAAACCCUUAUCAGUUCUGAAUUGUAAAUUGGCACGUAACCUAUAGAGGCUUCAAUCAUUACACAUGUGCAGUUUCAGCAUCCUGUGAUAAAUAGAAGUGGGUCAGGGGAAAUCUUUAAUGAACAUCCCUCAUAAAAAUGAAAGGCUGGAAUAGCCUGAAAAUGGCUCACUUGUGCAAUGAAGUCUCAAGUCACCUUUCCCCUGCCGGGUGCCCUUCAGAUGCAUGGGGAGAACCCGGUUGAAGAAAGCAGUCUUGGAUAAACUAUUUAUAAUUCCUGCAUAGUUCUCUAGUCACUUCCCGAUAGCUUUAUUACAAACAGAAAUUGAAAAGUAAAUGUCAGAGAGGGAAGCUUUAUGUGCUGGAUGUCCACCUGGCAGUGAAAUGCCAAGGGAUAGGAACCAUGACAGGUGAGAAAGUGUUCGAGUUUUUGAUUCAAUCCCUGUCAAUUCUAGACGUUCUCGGUUGUUAGGCCCAUUCCUCAGCUUUUUGGGAUCCCAGUUUUAUCAGAUUCUUUUCUAAUCCCUUCCUAUGUAAAUGGCUCGUUCCACCCUUUGGGGAGACACAGCCUGCCCUAAUCCAUAUAACUGACACUAGAUGACCACCCCUUUGAAUCACUUUGUAGCAUUGCACCCAUUUUACAGAUUUUAAUAACAGAGGUCAAGCAGUACAUUUUAAAAUCCUUAAGUAUUUGAAUAAGGGAAAAGGUCAAAGCUUUCAAUCUAUGCACCCCAUGACGACUUGCUCAUCAUCAUCAUUUUGAUAAACCUGUCUAGAAAGGGCUCUUAAUGUCUUUUCUUUUUUGCCAAUAGAACCAAGGGCAUUUGAACUCUUUUUAAUCACUUUAGUUAGUUUCCCUCCAAAUAAUGCCUGGAGACUCAGUUCUUCCCUGUGGGCAUCGGGAAAUAUAUAUAUUUAUCGGUUUGCUGCUCAUAUGCCCACAGCUCAAAUAAGAUGCCAGUUGAUUCCAUUGUUCUGCCACAGAGUUAUAAAUGCCAGAAAUUCACAAUGGCUAUAUAUUUCCCCAAUUCUUUUAAUUUCUCCCCUCUUUAUAGUCAAAGGCACACAGCUCCUGUUGGCAGCAGUCUUUUAAGGGCAUUGAUCAGUCUUCACUUGCUCAACACAGAUGUGAAUACGCAGUGUUAACCCACACGUAACCUCCCAUCAAGUAUGACUGGUAAUUCAACUCAUUUAUGCCAAACAUGAAUGCAGAUUGGCAUCCCUGGUGGGAAGAUGUUGGCGAUACAAAGGGAAAAUCAAGGUGGCCGUGCUAUGACAAGACUUCCUCCCAAGAUGUUUCAGAAUGCAACCCCACCUACGAGAUUUGGAAAGGUGUUUUGGCUGCUUUUUAAUCCUAAAGGGAAAUAUAAACUACUGACUGUUAAUAAGCUAAAUACAGAUUAAAGAGGAUUCUUGAGAACUCUUUGGUACGUUCCAGAA